CGCUACGUACCUCCACUCAGAAAUCUCCAUUCCAACGUCCCCUCCACUUUUUUUGCAUCUUUGUCCCGCGCGCAUCUUUGGGAGCAAGCAAGUCGGUCUGUCAUUGUCCCUCUCACGAUUCCAGCCUCGCCAAAAAAGCUCACCACCUCCAAAACACCCAACCUUCCUUCCCCCGCAUCUCCUUUCACCAAAUCAACAUCCCAAGCCAAACAUACCCUUACACAAUGGCCGACGUAGAAAUGGAAAUCGACAACCCCCCCUCCCCCUCCGCCGCCGAGGGAGGAGCCGCCGCCGGCGCCGCGCCGGCGCGCAAUGAAUCCGAGAUGCAGACCCACGGCCGCGCGACCGCCGUCCGCUCCAUCGAGGGCUGGAUCAUCAUGGUCACAAACGUCCACGAAGAGGCCGACGAGGAGUCCAUCCAGGACAUGUUUGGCGAGUACGGCGAGAUCAAGAACCUGCACCUCAACCUCGACCGGAGAAGCGGUUACGUCAAGGUGCGCCUUCCUCUCUACUUUAGCAUUCGACUUUUCACUGGACUAUGAUCCUACAACCACGGAGAUGAAACUUUGGGGGGAAAAUAUGGAAAGCUGACAUUCAGAACAGGGCUACGCCCUCAUCGAAUAC